AUGCUCUUCAGUAUCACCCCCAGCACUGUGGAAGGCGCGUUGACGCGCCCAUUGACCGCGGCGGAGAAGAAGCGGGCACAAAAAUUGAAGGACGAUCCGCUCGUGACACUAUUAAGUCCACUGUGGGUGGAAUGUAGGCGGUGUGGCAGCAAAAUCAAGCUUUCCCCGAAGAGCACGUACGAUCCCUUCCACUGGGCAAGGCACCGUGAGAGGUGUUUGAAGAAGCCGCUCAAGAUCGUCGAGGCGAUGAGGCAGGAUGCAGAGGAGCAGCUUUCCUCCCUCUCGUCAUCACCCCCCGCGUCGCAACCGCGUGCCCUCGACUCUGCCACCCCCCCUCUAACGCCAGACACGGCGUCAUUGACCUCACAUUCUCCCUCGCUACCGAAGAGGGAAAUCAAAGAGGAAACGCCAGAGCCUAGAGCCGAGGCAUCUGAUCUCCCGCCCACUCCACCCCCACCCCCACAGAAAAUUCGAGCCCAGAAAUCCUUCAUCUCGUCCCUCGCCUGCUUCCGUGCCUCGGAGCUCCUUGCUUUCGACGAGUAUCUCCAUCGUUCGCGUCGCCGUCCCGUCCGCACUUCCCCCCUCCCCAUCGACCCUCUGGAGACCGACGACUGUAGUGUCCGAAGCUGGCAAACCUGGAACUGGACCCAGCUGAAACCAGCGGUAUGGGUCACAAGGGAGUACCCAUCCUCUUCUUCUAAUCUUGAAGACCAAAAAACAAUGCUGGGAGAAGGCCAAGAAGAAGAAGAAGUCGACGACGCGAUGGAUGUAGACGGUGGGCCGACGACCGACGCAACGCCUGAUGAAGAGCCAGAUGCGGGUUUAGACGCGUCAUCAUCUGAUUCUUCCGACCAUGACAGUCUCUCUGCCAUGAUGGGCGACGUCGACGAAGGCAAUGACACUCCAUCUGCAGCGCAGAAGGCUACAGUAUCCCCCGCCGCUGCUCCACCUGCAGCCGCAUAG